AUGAAGGCCUGGUCUAUCAUUACAAGUGCUUUUCCGAAAUGCUUGACAGUUUUUUUGUUCAUUUACACCGGGAGCGUUACGGUGUUGGACGUCAGGGUUCUUCCAAUAUCUUUAACGAUAGCCAUGGCCGGAUUGUGCAUGUCGCUGAGCUUGUACACUUAUUUCAAGGUUAUCAGGACUGGUGCAGGGAGCCCAUUGGAUUUUCCUGAAUUGCGCAUCGACAAUGUUGAUGCUGCUGAUGAGGGUGUGGAGCUCCCGCCACCUUUUCUCUCGAAGCGUUCCGUGACGCUGAAGAGAAAUGGCCGGUUCAGAUUUUGCCGUGUUUGCGCGGUCUGGAAGCCCGAUAGGUGCCAUCACUGUUCUGCUUGUAAAAAAUGCUUUCUCAAGAUGGAUCAUCAUUGCCCGUGGUUUGCUUCAUGUGUUGGCUACGCAAACCAAAAGUACUUCGUGCAAUUUUUAAUUUACGGUACAGUGUUUUCCAUCCUCAUAUUUCUCCUUUCUGGCACAGAGCUGCUAUUGUGGUUUAAAAACCAGCGCUAUAAUCAAGAAAUGAUACAACUGCCGCUUCUUGUUGUGUGGAUUUUAUCGGUGGCCAUCUCAAUAUCCAUGCUAGCGUUCACGUCGUACACUGUUUAUCUGAUCACCAAAAACCAGACUACAAUCGAGAUGUAUGAAUGGUCAAACUUGAAGGCCGAAGCAAACAUCAUGGACGAAGUGCGUGGAACUAACACAUUCGAGGAUAAAAACGUUUUCGACUUGGGUUCUGCUUCACUUAACUGGAAGUACGUUAUGGGUGAAACCUGGUUAGAAUGGCUAUUGCCAAUACCAACCUUUUCACAGGUAAGAAGUCGACAUACAUUGGAUGAAAGUGGCUUAUAUUUCAAAAUCAAUCAAGAUUUCCAGGAACAGAUCUUUGAUAGCAUAGACCUCCAAGAAAGGCUGAUGCGGCGUUUGACGCCGCGAUCGUCUUUUGAACAAAGCAACGUAGCGACAAAUAACCAAUAUCGCUCUUCACCCAUUCCAUCUUGA